GCAGGAUUUGACAUCUUCCGUGGACAGAGUUAGUGUAUACAGACACUAGGAUUACGGCCCAACGGGAUCGAAGCUUUGUCCGAUACCGCAGCGCCCCAGGACGAAGACGGCGCCAAACCGCCGCAGCGAUCGCCAACGGCUGCCCCGCAGCCGAACCGAGCAGCCCUUUGACCGUCCACGGCGCCCCUGGACAACAGCCACCAAAAGGCUGUCGAAACCCCACGCCGCCAGCCGCCAGCAAGACGAAGAUAAGGCUGCCAGCAAGACAAAGGAUGCCGCUCCUCAGCGCCGAGUUCAAGACCAACAUGGCUGUGAAAUAUGAGGAGGCCAAGAUUUAUGCGAGAAACGCGUACAAGAAGGCCACGACCCGCACCCCCAAGGAGCCAAAAGAGCAGGACGACAGCCCGAAGAAGUCCAUGACCAUGAAGGAGGCCUAUUUUAAGAGGAUGGAGAAAGGUACACUGAAAGAUAACGACACGAACCCGAUGGACCGCAUGGCGGCGAUGCGGUUGGUGGAUGCCGGUCUAUGGGACGCCAAGGAGACCGAGAAGCUCUACGCGGCGUAUAAUAAGAUAAGGGCCAAAGAUGGGCAUCGACACAAGGCCAAAAACGCCAAGACGAGGUAUCCGACGGUGGCGGACUUCUACCGUUUUUUCCGGCUCGAGACCUCGAUCUUCUGCACGCAGAUCCUGCUCAUGCCCAAGAAGAUCCCCAUCGAAGGCUUAAGUGCCAAAGAGGUAGAAAAAGUCUGCUUCAGUUUCGCUGAAUUUGCCUUGGCGGUGUGGCUCCUCUGCGCCUUCGACCUCGGGACCCUAGCUUUUUACAUGAUGGACCGCGACCACAAGGGCUACCUGAACCGCGGCGAGGUGCGACUCGCGGUGGCCCAGAUCUACUCCGUGCACAACACGGGGCCGAGGCUCAUCGACGGGACCAAACCCUUAGAUUCGAAACUCACGCGAGUGAUGAACACGUUAGAUGCAAAUGGGAACGGGAACAUCUCGCGGGAUGAAUUCGUCGCGUUUUCGCACCAGCACCACCACCUGCUCAUGCCGGCCUUUUCCAUCCAGAGAUCUGUCAGAGAACGGGCGUUCGGGAUGACGUUCAAUUGGGAAAAGAUCGAAACGAAGCGGAAGCGCGUUGUGGGUACGAGAAGUAUCCAGCAAGUCGUCGACGACGUCGCUCGGCUCAUACCGGAGAUUGGUGGUGGUCGUAGCAGCGACGAGAAAGUCGGCGAGGGCGAGGCCUACAUGCGGGAAUCAGAUCCAGAUAAAGUAUUAGAUCAUGCCGCCGCGGCCUAUCAACGAGGUGACCUGGAGAAGGCCAAAGAAAUCUACGCCUACAUCGAGCAGGGCGGCGGUUCCGAACAUAAGGACGGCAACGUUAGGAAGAGUUCGGCCGUCGCCGGCUUCUCGUUGGAUUCUACCCACGACGCCUACGCGGCGGAUCUGCGCAAGAAGAAGGUGCGCGGGUCCCAGGAAAAGGCGUUCGCCGGCCGACGAGUAAAGAAAUCCUAGUCACAAGCGCGCCCCCGCCCCACAUCGCUCUCCGGCGCGUCCCGCAAAUCGUCGCAGAGCAGGUGCUGGUAGGCCGUCCCCCUCAACGUAUUCUUGACGCGCUCCCAGUUCGCGACGUACUCCCGCAAAUCCGGAUGACUAUGGAUCUUGACGUCCUUCGACGGCUUGUCGAAGUCCUGGGCGCAGGAAUCACCAUCGACGAGCCAGCUCCUUAUAUCAUUAAACUGCGCGUUGUCCCUAUCUAGGUCUUCGUACACCAGGAAUUUCGAGGGGAUGCCCGCCUUCUGGCACGUCUCGAAGAGUGCUUUGAGGGUAGUCAUGGUCCGGUUCUCCCGAUCCAGUGCUCGCAAUAACCCGCGCCGCCGGGGCAGCUCGACCUUUUUGGCCACGCUCGAAGCCUCUUCCGUGGUGUGGGCGUGCGGGACGUGUUUUUUGGUCCCCUUGGAGUCCGCGUUCGUUACUUUGGAGACCAGGAGCCGUAGUAAGUGUCUUCUCACCAGAAAGAUCAGCUUUGCCCGCCUUUGUUUAAGCACCGGCAGUAGCCACAAGUCAAAAGCCUCUUCCGCGCCGAUAUCAAAGGGCUGGUUCAGCAUCCACUUGAAGCCCUGGCGGCGCUUCGGGGACGUACCCUUUUCCUUGCGCGCCCAGACGUCGCGCAUGUCCUCGAACGCCUUGCCGACCACUGUCACAUUUUUACCCGGCGCGAGUGUCAAAAACCCGUCCACCGCCGUGCGCAUCUUUGGUCUCGUCCAGAAGUCCUUGGCGUUGAAGUACUCGCCGCCGCAGUCGAUGCAGCGCGCGCGCCGGAGCUCGUCGACCAUCCAGCGGCUCCCGGAGCGCUGCGUCGUGACGACGAUGAAGUGGGAGUUGUGCUCUGGUGGUGUCGGUGGUGUCGGUGGGGCAGCCUUCUUUGGUUGGCUGUGGAGGAGCCAUUGAGUGAGUGCCAGCAGCAUGGCGGUGAGGACCACUGUUUUGACGGCGGAGUGCUUGUAGGCGGUGAGCAGGCGCUGACGGCGGCCCAUGCGCCACUAUACCUCGAUGGGUGCGCGGGUGUGUCGUCCCGCGCGCGGAGCAUGCGCGGUCACACGAAAAUUUAAUGCGGGCAGCUUCGAAAACGUUGGCCUCUUGGGACCAGUCUGGCACUCGCCGGAGGGCUCGCAAGCCCUCGACGGGCGGCCGGAACAAUCACAUUUUAA